AUACUAUUUCCAAGAUUAGCAUGAGACGAAAUUUCUGUAUUCAAGAUUGGCUACAUUCUCAUUAUCUCAGCAUUCAUCGAUUGUUCUCGAAAAUCCUGAAACUGAGUACUUACUGAAUUGGCAUUUUUUGGCACUUUUUCAUUAUAGUUCGAAUGAAGUGACUGAUUAUCUGGAAACGAAUCAUAUAUAAGUUUCAAAGUAAAAAUAGCCAAGGACAUUAUAAAGUUCAAUUGAACAAAUCGUAGUUCAAGAUUUACUGUAAUUUUAAGGAAAUUACAUCAUGUGUUUCACGAGUGGUCUUCUGUGCCGACAAAAUUCAAGAUCUUCCAAAAUGAAAUAUUUAAGCAGAUAGCAUUUACCGAAAGUUUAUUGAACAACAAUAUAUUUCCAUAUUGCUCACUACAUUUAUCUAAUAAGAGUCAAAAGAAUAAUAUGUUAUUGUGUUAGUAUCGGAUAGAAAUUAUAACUGUUGCUUCAAUGAAAAAAAAACGAGGAAGCAGACAAAUAUGUAAUUCAACUCAAUCAGUAUGUGAAGUGAAUCGAUUUGAAAAAUUAUCUUUGUUUCAAUGCAAUUCACAUGUAUCUCUCUAAUUAUUAUUGGUACAACCUCUAGUUUAUUCUGAUGUUAUGAUGAUGAACUAGAAGAGGACUUGCAAUUGCCUUUUGUAUACAUGUGAAUUACAUGUAAACCAUUUCUUCUUGUUCGAAGAAAAGAAUAUUUGAUUUGUAGUUAAGAAAUGUACAAAAACAUGACAAAUGACAAAAUAUAAAAACGGAACUGUUGAAAAAAAGAUAUGAUUAAGACAAAUGAGUAGAAUAGCAUAUGAAAUAUUUUUGUCUUUGUAAAUUUUUCUUUGUUAUCAAUAUAUCUUUAAUGAAACUCAGUAGUAGAAUAUGACGUAAAGAAGCAUGAUCAUUAUUGCUUUGGUAAAGUAUACCUUGUAGAAUAUACUUCCGACUUAAGCUACAUAUUGGCCGUAUAUAAACAGUGAAGGAUUCGUUUUGCUUUAUCAUUAAAACUGUGAAAAGCAUAAUAUGGACUAUCUAGUUCGACAGACAUUUAUUUUUAUUCUAUUCUGUUUUUCUACAAAUGGCAUGUUCAUUGGUGGGGAAGACAAACUCGAAGAACAAGCAGUAUCAUUGUUUAAUCGGUUAAAAAGGCGAUCGGAGGAAUGCCAUUCUCUUUUGGAACUCGGUGACACUCCAAGUUUGUGCAAAUGAUUAUGACACAUCUAUUAGUUUGACUCCUGACCAACCUGGUCCAGCAAUAACAUCACGUGCAUUUGCCAUCAUUCAUGGAGCAAUGUUUGAAGCGAUGAAUGCAUUUGAGAAGAUCUAUAAACUAAUGUUUAGACCUGAUGAUAUGCCUGAGACAGAUCGUGUACCACGUGCUGCUGCUAUUGAUGCAGCUAUUACUGAAGCCGCUUAUCAGAUUCUCUCUACCAUGUAUCAGAAACAACAAAAAUUAUUCAACGAGACUCGGGAUGAUUUUCUAAGCACAAUUACUUAUGAUAAUCCAAACAACGAUGGAAUAUUGAGAGGCAUUCAAGUAGGAAGAUUGCUAGCCUCCACAAUUUUAAGAAGUCGACGCUCCAAUAAUAGUGACCUCGUUGUUAACUAUACACCAAUUAUGGCACCAGGCUAUCGCCAACAAGAUCCAACUCAUCCAAAUCAAGGAUUUCUUAUUCGUGCUUCGAACAUUGUUGGUAAGAAUGUACAUGCACGUGCUCAAUAUCUCGAUUCACAAAAGUAUAUCAAUGAUUAUAAUCAAAUUGUUUCAUUGGGAUCUCGUAAUAGUCAAGUUCGAACAGCAGAUCAGACAGAAAUUGCCAUCUUCUGGGGUUAUGAUGGUGCACCCAAAAUAGGUGUGCCACGUAGAGUCUACAAUCAAGUAGUUCGUGUUAUUGCAAUGCAGAAGAAGAACAAACUAGAAGAAAAUGCUCGUCUCUUUGCAUUGAUAAAUUAUGCUAUAGCUGAUGCUGGCAUUGCUGCAUGGGAAACUAAAUACUAUUCUGGAUUCUGGAGACCUAUCUAUGGUAUCAGACAAGGUACAAGAAAAACGGCCGCCAUUUCAAACUGGUUACCACUUGGUUCACCAGCAGAUGGAGCAGGUGAUAACUUUACACCAGGAUUUCCCAGUUAUGUGUCUGGACAUUCAACUUUUGGUUCCGCAACUUUCGAGAUGCUCAGACUAUUUUACAAAACCGAUCAAAUCCAAUUUCAAUUUCAGUCUGACGAAUACAAUGGAAAAACGAAUGACUCAUUCACUGGUCAAGUACGACCAGAACGUGUUCGACAAUAUCAAACUUUGCCACAAGCCGAAGAUGAAA